UUCGUCUUGUGAACUGGUUCACUGAUCCCUCCCCAUCUCUCUCUCACUCAUCUCCAAUUCAACUUCUUCUAGAGAAAUCUUUUCUUAUGUGGAUAGAACAGUCUUAUUGUAGCUAAACUUGAUUAAGUAAUGAUGUGGAGUAAGGCGGAGAGAGAAGGGUUUUUCUUGGUUUGAAUUGAUUGCUUCUCUUGUGGGUUGGGUUUUGUUUUGGCUUGUGAAAAGAUUGAAACUUUAAAAGUUUUGAAAUUGGGGUGUUUUGUAUAUUUUGGAUGGGAAGUAAGGGAGAAGGAGGAUUGAAGAAGGAGAAAGAUGGGGGAGAUAAGGGAGAACACUGGUGGUUAAUGUUGUAUAGUGGUUCUAUACAUCACUGUACAAGGUGGUCUGGUUUUAGACAUGAAAACUCUUUCUUCCACGAGUGAUAUUACUCUUUCUCUCUCAAAGACUCAGUUUUUGAAAACAGAAGACAGAGAAACAGAGAGAAAGUUACUUGUUUGAUCUCUGGUUUUUAGUGUUCUUUUCAAGACAUUCAGUCAUAAAGAGAGACUUGGAAGUUCAGAUUCAGUGGGUGGCUUGAUGUCUCUGUGUCCAAACACAGCAGAUGUAGACAGUCCAAGAAACAAGUACCAUGUGUACAGUAGAGAAUUCCAGUCCAUGUUGGAUGGCUUGGACGAAGAAGGCUGCAUGGAAGAAUCCGUCCAUGUCGCAGAGAAGAAGAGAAGACUAGGCGUGGACCAAGUCAAGGCCUUGGAGAAGAGCUUUGAGGUUGAAAACAAGCUUGAACCAGAGAGGAAACUGAAGCUUGCUGAAGAACUUGGGCUGCAGCCAAGACAAGUGGCUGUUUGGUUCCAAAACCGCCGCGCACGGUGGAAGACUAAGAAUAUGGAGAGGGAUUAUGGUGUUCUUAAGGCCAAUUACGAAGCUCUCAAGCUAAAAUUCGAGACCCUCCAACGUGACAAUGAAGGUCUAUCUAAAGAGAUUAGGGAACUGAAAGCAAAGCUAAAUGAAGAGAACACGGAGAGCAAUAUCUCUGCAAAAGACGAGAUAGGGGCACCUUCAACUGAUGAUGAGAAAGCUGUAGAUGAGAACAAUCCGCCGCCGCCACCUCCAACUCUCGCAUAUUGUCGUUCUACGAAGGAUCUGAUGAACAACAACUACGAAAGCUUCGAGAAUUAUAACAAUGGAGGAAUAGGAGCAUCAGACAGUGACUCAAGUGCUAUCUUGAACGAAGACACAAGCCCGAACAUGGGGGCAAUUUCUUCAUCUGUGGUUCUCCCAGAACACCAGCUACUGAUGUCAUCUUCUUCUUCAAUGAAUUGCUUCCAAUUCUCAAAAGCAGCAUCAUAUCAAACCCAGUUUGUGAAAAUGGAGGAGCACGACUUCUUUAGUGGAGAAGAAGCCUGUAAUUUCUUCUCUGAUGAACAAGCACCUUCCCUUCAAUGGUACUGCCCCGAUCCAUGGACCUAAUCAAAUAAAAAAAAUCAAAUAUGGGUAUGCAAAGGGAAGAUCAGAAAUCAAGAGAAGUUUGGGUUUUGUGAAGAAAUGGAGAAGUUGCUCAACUGGGUUUAGUUGAUUAAUGGAACUGAACAAAUCAACAAUGGUGUGACAAAAUGCCAAAACAGAACUGGAGCGGAAGAAGAAGAAGAAGAAGAAGCAGAGACAGAGAGAGGAGAUGUCCAUGUGUGGGAAUGAUUAGAUAGUAAUUGGAAGUCUGCGCUGUAAAAAUUUCAUGCAAAAGAAUUUCUCUGUUUGACGGGGAAAAAAAUAAUCAUAGCUUUCGCUUCUUUUUAUAUAAUAAUACAUUUCUUUGCUUUUGAAU